AUGUGUCUCAUCUUCACCUGUGGCGAGCACACCUUCCGCAAGGAAGUCGAGGGCUACGAGGGCAUCGUCUGCCAAUGUCACAACUGCGGCAACUACAGUGGCAAGGUUAUCAAGUCGAACCCGUGGUUUACCUUUUGCUUUGUUCCCAUUCUUCCCUUGUCGAUUCACGGUUACGAAGAGGUUAGCUGCCAUAUUUGCAACUUUGCCCAACCCCUCGAGAACAGACAGGAUGUACAGCAAAUGAAAGGUGGUGGUGGUCAAGGCAUACCCAUGCAGAAUCAAGGCGGUCCACCGCAGGGCUGGGGAGGGCAACAACAAGGAGGAGGGCCUCCGCAAGGGCAACAGCCAAUGCAAUACAAAUAA